GGGGGCAAGGAGCGAUAGAGUUAUUAGCUCGGGCUGCAGCAGACAUCACUGUACGAGCGGAGGGGAGACGAUUUCACCGGCAGUGCGCGAGAACGCACGGAGCCCUGGCAACACGGAGAGCCUCGCGCUUCCCUGCCCGUUAUACCGUAGCCUACAUUGGAGAUGAGAAGGAGAGCAGGCGCGAGGGAGGGGAACAGGGGGAACUCUCUUCUUCAGCAGUCUGAAUGCAGCCAGAUAUCCAUCUCAUGAAAAAACACCAUCUACAAACAGAAAGCAUUUCCUAGUUGACUUCAUAAAUCUCUCUCUUUCAGUGGGAAUGGUGAGGGUUGUUGGAGCCAGGCAGACGCAGACGUGGACAGACAGAGUGAGAAUCACAAGCUGUCCCCUUAGACAGCAGGAGGAGAGAUUUAUACAUCCCCGUCCCAGUGGUUUCAUCUGGACUCUUCUCUCCAGUUGAACAUUGGAACCUUCUACCUGGUCAAGAUCCGCCUGUAUUAUCCUAUUGGGCUGUGCUGGAGGCCUGCACUGAGACUACGAGUCGCGUUGGGAUUGUAACGACUUCAAUGGGCCACAACACUCACUGAAACACCGGAGGUAACUGAAUGAGGUUCUUCCUGCAGUCCUGGAGACUCACUCUCAGAGGGAAAUGAUUCCACAUGAAUUGCAUGGACCGCUCUCCCACAGCAGGUGUGACUUCCAUUGCUUAAGACUGAAAUCUGUGUCCAUCCGACCUUAGGCACAGAAUACAUCCCCUCACACCACCACUCUCCUCUCUAACCCAUCCCCAUCCUUGCUUCGAGCCAGUCAGUGGGACGGCACACUCUGUUAGCAAUACAAACAGAGACCAAGAGGGAGAGGAAAAGAGCCAAAAAAGACAGGGAAGAAACAUCCAGAAAGAGUGGUACAAGAUUCUCAGACACAAUGAAGUCAAACCAGGAGCGUAGCAAUGAAUGCCUGCCCCCAAAGAAGCGUGAAAUCCCAGCAAGCACUCUGCCCUCAGAGGUGAGGCCCGUGGUGAUGGCGCCUGCCAAUGAGAGCCAGCGUUCAGGGAACCUGGCCUGGCUUGCCAGUCUGGCAAGCGGACAUGACAGAGGGCGGCAGCACACCAGCACCUCCUCAGAGCCCGAUGGGCCUCAGUACAAACCAUUGUUAGCCACAGCUGAGAGCACACAUCCCUCGUCCACGCACUUAACCAGAUCUCCCACUGCAGUGACCACCAUACCUGCAGUGUACACGUCACCCCUCUCUCAGCAUGCUGGCACCAUCCAGUACACACCCCUGGCUCCUAAUCUUCACUUCAUCAGCUCUCCGUACCCUGCACCAUAUGCUGGCUACAUCUCACCUCUAGUUCCCCCUUUGGCUGCCACCAGUACCAUACAACGUGAGGCUUAUUCCAGCAUCUACAGUUCUCCUGCAUCCAAAAUUGACCAGCACCACCAAUUGGGCCGUCCUACAGGGCUGGUCACAACUGACAACACCUCUUUGCCCCACUCCACCCAAUACAUCCAAAUUGCUGGUUCUCCUCUAAGCGUAUCUCCUCGGACUGCUCCGUCCCCCCAUGUUCACUUGCCUCUACACUUACACUCUCACCACACGCUCCCCAUCAGUGGCCACUCGCCAGUCUUAGUUCAGUACACAGAUGGACCUUUACCCAAGAGGGAGGAGACAAGGCCCAGGGAGGUGCUGAAUGGAGAGCUAGAGAAGGACAGACGCUUUGGUCCAUCUCCCGAAUCUAGUGCAGGGAAGCAGGGCAGCACUGCCAAAGGGGGUUCCUCUACUCAACAGCACCAGAUCCACCAGCAGCAGAGCCCACGUCACUAUGAGGCUCGGCAUGUGGUGCUCCCUGCCGAUUAUGCGCAGGACAGCGCAACCAUGCGGACCUCGUUGGUGCUGGUACCCAACAGUCAUAGCUCCGGUGGUACACCUGACAAGCUGCCUCCCCUAACAUCCCACUCUGAGAAAGGAGGGAUUUGCGCAGGCAAACCUGUGUCCCGUAGUUCCUCCUCCUCAGCCUCCCUCCCAUUUCCUCCUCCCCCUCCACCUGUGGACAGUUUGAAGGGGGUGGCUACCACACUGUCUCCUCAUGCAGUCAUCCAGACCACACAUAACACCACAGAGUCACUCUCCCUGGGCCUCCCCUCCACCAAUUUCUACUCUGCCCAACAGCCCAUCAUUGGUUACAUUGCCGGCACAGGGCACCAGCAACCUCUCAGCUAUCACACCAGCCUACCCCAGCACCUGGUCAUCCCUGGAACUCAACCGGUCAUCAUCCCAGUGAGUGGAACUGAAGCUACUGCUACAUCGACCACACCACUCUUGCCUGCGGCACUACCCCAUACUUUCGUCACCUCAACGGCCCCAAAAGUAGAGACUUUUGAGGCUACAGCCCCAUACCCUCACCCUGCCGCAGAUGUGGUUCAAGCCCAGUUGCAUCUGCCUGUGGUUCCGGCCCCUGCUGGUCUGCUGACAACUCCACCGCCACCCUCAGCCCCUUCACUGCCCCCUUACUUCACCAAGGGCUCCAUCAUCCAGUUGGCAGAUGGGGAAUUGAAGCGGGUGGAGGACCUGAAGACAGAGGAUUUCAUUCAGAGUGCUGAGAUCAGCAAUGAGCUGAAGAUUGACUCCAGCACUGUAGAGCGCAUCGACAGCAGUCAUACACCUAACUUUGCUAUUAUACAGUUUGCUGUAGGAGAGCAUCACUCACAGGUCAGCGUGGAGGUGCUAGUAGAGUAUCCUUUCUUCGUGUUCGGCCAGGGCUGGUCAUCAUGUUGUCCAGAACGGACAACACAGCUGCUCGAGUUGCCAUGCACCAAGCUUUCAGUAGGUGACGUCUGCAUCUCCCUCACCCUGAAGAACCUGAGGAAUGGCUCCAUCAAGAAGAGCCAGGGGCAAGUCUUGGAUGCGCCUACCCUCGGUCCACCCCUUAAAUCACCCAAAGCACUCUCAAGCGGCGUGCGAGGGGGUGUUCGGCACACAGAAAAGGAAAAUGGACUUGGGCAGUGUGGAGAUCAGGGAGGAGGAGGCGGUCAAGGCAAUAGAGAGAAUGGAGAACUGAGGUUUGGCGAAAGAGACAUCUGCAAAGCACCACCGGUCACUGAAUCAGAGUCUGGCAGCAAACCCACAGGCCGCAAAAGGAGGUGGUCGGCCCCUGAGGGCCGCAAAGUGGAAAAUCCUGAAGGAGAGCCUCCUUUAACGUUCCCCAAGCCUUCCUUCAUCCCUCAGGAGGUUAAAAUCAGUAUCGAAGGCAGAUCAAAUAUUGGAAAGUGAAUGCGCAUUGGACUGUCAUAUUGUAAAAGCAAAAUUUGCCCUCAGAAUGUUUUAGGUUCUUUUUUUCUUUUUUAAUUUGAGUUCUGAUUUCAUUUUCUAUCCAGAUUACAUUAUCUAAAGGCUAAAUUACUCAGUAUGUACAUUAUCACUUCUAACAUUGUAAUAGAUGCAUUCAAUAUUACACAGGCAACUGGUGCAAUUCAUUUGAUUGGUCAAAUUCAGGGUGGAUGUAGUUCAAGGUGGGAAGGUCGUGAGAUACCUGAGCACUGCAUGAUAUCCUGAAGGCUUCAGUAUACACAAUCAGUCACAGCUAACAAGGCUAAGACGUCUCGCUAGUCUCUCACCUACAACAUCCUCUACUUUUUUUUUAGCACAGACAAACCUGGUUUAUCUACACCUAGUGGCAAUUAAAACAUUCACCUGCUGAGUGAACCUGAAAAUGUUAGUAAGGGAAGAUGAACAACUGGUGUGAAUAACAUUGCUAAUGGUGGCAGAAUGGAAAUCACUCCUCCACUGGUUGCAGGAGUUUACAUGAUGUCAGCCAUCUUGUUUAACUGUGACUAAAAAAAACUAAAACUCCAAAUCAGUGCUAACAAUGUAAAGCAGUAUCGUCAGCUCAGUUAGACUAGCUUAGAUUAUAUUAACAUUUAUUGAAAUGCAAGAAGAGGUUUCCAAAUACUAAGGUACAGGCCAAGAGAGAUGAUGUCAUUGAGCAAUGCCAUUUGCUCCUCAGAAAGAUGAAACUAUCAUUUAAAACAGGGAAGAUGGACAAGUCUAUUUUUAUAUAUACAACUGUAACCUUUUAUUUUAUUAUUUUUGUAGUUUUGCAUGUUUUAAUUUUCCGUCUCAUUUUUCAAACCCUGCUAUCAUACAUGAUGGGUAGUUUUAUUUAAAAAAAAAAUUUUUUUCUGUGAUGAAUGUGUAAACCUUGCAAUCAGGGGUAAUUUUUUUACAUAGAUGGGUUCUUGUCUAUAUAUAUAUAUAUAUAUAUAUAUAUAUAUGCAUGGAUGUAUCUUGAUGCAUACAAACACAGUGGGUGAGGACAUUGACCAGUCCCUUGUUUUUAGUACAGUCUCACCUGUUUUUUUGUUCAAACAAGAGAAAGUAGUUUUUUUCAAAAGAAAGAGAGCGAAAGUUGUCUGAGAAGGAUGAGAUGAGUGUUGUCCUGAAGCACUUACCUAACACACCUGUCAUGCUCACUAGCUGAUAGUAGUUUCAAUCAAAUGAGUCAAAUUAUUAUUAUUAUAUAAAUUAUUACUAUCAUUUAUUAUUAUUAUUAUUGAUACUACUAUUUUCAACACAAUACUGUAUGCUGUAUCAUGAAUUGGAUGUUGUAUGUCACUCUGGUAUGGUGAUGGCUCACAAGGGUCACUGUGAAGGGAUGAAUGUAACAAGUGAUAAAAGAAAACAAUGAGAUCUAAAAGGACUGCUUUAAAGGAAGCACUUGUUUCAUUGUGUAUGAUUGGCUUAGCCUUCUCAAGCAAUCUGACAGCUUGAGUAAAGACGGGCACAAGAGGCCAUGGCCCGGAAACAACUGCCAUUUAAGUUAUUUAAAGCAAAAAGAGUUGUAUGAAAGUGGGAAUGCAGGUGGAAUUCAGUACAGAGACUGUUUAUGUAUUUACGAGAGAUAUGAGAGACAAAGUGAAAGUGAGAAACUCUGGCUACAGAAAUCUUCGGAGGAUCGAAGGGUGUCAUAUACCUGUUUGUUAGCGAUGUAUGUGGUCGUGCACGCAUGCGAGUCCGUGUGCUUUUGCGCACGGGCUUAAACACACAUAAACACGUACACGGUUACGGUAAUUUCAAUCAUGUUGAAUUAUGUCAUGUAUUUGUUGUACAUUAACAUGUAUAGAACUGCAUAUGCUAUAUCUAUCUUACUGUAUGAGAGCGCAAGACUACAUGAGCACGUUUUUAGUCCCGUCCCCCAAGACGCUGACUCAUCGAACGUAUGUGAAAGCAGUCAUGUAGUAAUUUCAGUGAUCUGUAGUAUAUUUGUGAGCGUGCGUGCAUGAGUGUGUGUUUGUGUGCGUGCAAGUGUAUAUGUGUGUGUGUGUGUGUACAUACCACACAUAUUAUAAAUAGAUAUUUAAGUUCUACUUAAAAGAAUAUUGCAAUUUGCACAUUUGGAGAGAAAGUAACAUGAUUUAUUUUGUUUUCUGCCAGCACAGGACAGGGCCGAAAACCACAUUUUUACUGAAAUGUAGCAGUUUCUUGACAAGUUUGCUUGGUUAGCAGCUCAGUUGGGUUCAUUUUCAUUAGGAAAACCAAGAAGCCCCUUUUCAGGGGGUUUGAAUCACACACAAACACAUAGAAGUAGGAUUGUGCAUUGUGCUGCGUUAAGGUGUUCGCUUCAUACGGGUGGAUGAAGUCAUAGCCUGUAGCCUGCAUAGUUGUUAAGUCCUUUCAGUGGCCACCCUCAAGUUAGCUUGGGUAGGUGAAGAUCUGGCAGGAGGAUGGGUGGUAGUACAGAAUAAAAGAUGCAUGGAUGGAUUUAAUGAGUGGUGGAGGGUUGGUGGGUGAGUGCACCCCAUAUACAAUUUGAAAAUGCUUUAUU